AUUUUGAACAACCAUGAAUUCAACCUUCUUAGUUCCUUGGAACCAAUUCCCCAAUGCUUCGAAGAUUAUUUCACCAAUCCUACCCGGUAUGACUGACAUUCCCUCAGUCCUUGCGCUGGCUGAAAUGCCAAGUCACGAUAUCUGACAGCCUGAUUCAGCCGCAGCAAGAGGGCACAUCACCCCAGAACUUCCUCGAGAUUUUAUUUGAGGGGGAAAGCCCAGAGAUUGAUAUCGUUGCUGUACACGGCCUAAACCCGCUCGACCGCCCAAAUCAGGCAAGGACUACGUGGACAACAGGAGGGAGAUUAUGGUUAAAGGACUUUCUGCCGGUUAGAAUUCCUCGCUCGAGGGUAAUGUUAUUUGGCUAUAAUUCAAAUGUUGCGUUUGGAACUUCAACAGCAGGAUUGGCUGAACAAGCCGACAAUCUUCUGAACCGAUUAUCGUCAAAACGAGCUGGUGCUCCGGACCGCCCGGUUAUCUUCGUGUGCCAUAGCCUUGGCGGCUUGGUAGUCAAGCGGGCACUUUCCACUUCCAGAGGUGACAACACAUACUGCAGUAUCUUCGACUCAACCUUUGGCGUUGUCUUCUUCGGCACACCGCACCAUGGCGGAAACGGCGCAGGCCUCGGAGCUAUCGCGGCAUCAAUCACUCGAGCUGUUUUGGGAAAUCCGUCAAACUCAUUCUUGGAAGCUCUAACACGAGAAUCCAACUUUCUUUCAGUUAUUACGGACGACUUCAGCCAACUCCUUGAGAAGCUGUAUUUUAUAAGCUUCUUCGAAACGAGACCGCUCGGGAACACUCGCCAGAUAGUAGUAGAUCGAACUUCUGCGACAUUGGGGCUUGGACGUGAACGUGAGAAACAGAUCGCUCUGGACGCCGACCAUGCCCGAAUUUGCAAGUUCGCCAAUUCCGAUGACCCGAUGUACCAGCAGGUCGAAGACAACAUAGCACAAAUGGUCGAUGCAGCUAUUUCGAAGACGAAACAAAAGAAUGAGGACUCAAAAAAGCGACUUGACAAUAUCACGGCAAUUCUAGGGAGCGAUAAUAAGGUAGCCCAGCAUGGACGGUCGAAUAGUAGUCUCGUUACAGGCGACGUCAACCACACACAACAAUACGGCGACAACAACAAAAGUACAGUAGAAGGCCGAGGGAAUGUCACGAUGCAGAUUAGCAGUAACGAGUAUUAUGGACUCUGGGAAACAUUGCGUGGUUACUUUGUGACCCAGCCCGUUGGCCCGUGGAUGAAUAAUCAGCCAUUGGAAAACAACCCAGAGGCUAGAUAGAGAGAACAUGAUUCCCAGGCCAUAAAUUCACGCAUGGUAAGGGUUCAUAUGAUGAGGAAUCUCCAUUGACCUGGGACCAACUCAGCACUUCUGAGCUUAUAAAUAAAGAUAUGUAGCCAAACCACUUACGCGCACUUCAAGACCGCUAAAUGUAAAGUGUGUAUACUUGGCCUC